AUGCAGGAUGAAAGAUCGAUGGACAGCGAUCCUCUUGCGUAUGCGUCACUCUUCCAACAAGCGGAUGUUGUUGAUGAUGAUCUGGAGAAACGAACACCGAAUUUGGAAACAAGCGUUGAAGAGCCGAAGCCAAAUGUUUUUGCAGGCCUGGCAGAUAGUGAAGUUGAUGCUAGCCUCGUCCGUGACCCACCGCCCAACGCGCAGCAGAAGGUGGAAAAAAGUGCCGACCUCUACUCGCAUCGAGGCUUUCUACUGGCACCGCAAGAACGGAAGAAGGUGGCUGAGGCAACGCAAGCUGCGGUGGCUACAAGCGUGGCACCCGACACGAUGGAAGCCGUUUCUGUUGCUGAACUCGAGACGCACGAGAAAGACGGCCGCGCGGAAACGAGGGAGGUCGAAAAAGUAAAAGACGUGGACCAGAAGGCACACAAACAGCUUGGUUUUGAGGACACGAGAAGAGCCGAGCCAAGGAGACGAGGCUCUGACACAACAGGUAGCACUUGUGAAAAGAAGCAGGGCUUGCACUCGAACCUAAGGGCACGAUGGGAGGCGGAAGCGAGCGAGAAAUUAAAGAAAACGCUGGAGGCGCAUAGCAGAGUGAUGAAAUUGCUUCAAGGAAUUGAGUCUGAGCUGCCGUCUCCUGAGGCACAGGAAAAGCUCCGAGCCUUUGCUGCCGGCAGCGCACUCAAUCCGCCUCCGCCUGUAGUGCCUGGGUCGAGCGAAAGUCCCCCGGAGUACAUGCGGUUGCUCGAGCACUAUAAGGGCGCACUAGGGUUCAAGCUUCAAAGGGAGAAGACAGCGAUCCAGGAAGAAUUGGACGAACACCUGACGGCAUUGGACCUGACAUCACCCUGCGAAAUGGCAGACGGAGCAGAAGCGACUUUAACCAGCAUGUCAAGUCAAUCUGGAGAGAGCGAUCUUCUCGCAGAUCCUAGAACGCAUCCGCCAAACCCAGGGAAGACGCAAAUCGGGCGAGAAGGAAAAUCACAAUUCGACUUUGGUGAGGCGCUUGAGAAAACGACCGCACAAGGAACAGCGGCAGCUCCUUCACCUGUUGGGACAGACGUGGACAGGCAGAAGGCCGAGGGGCCUGUUGCUCAAGAUAUUCCUUCAAAACCGGCGGUGAUCUCUCCCGCGAACCCAGCUGGUCGAGGUGCGUCGAAGGCCAAGAAAGAACCUAGCGGGGUAUGUUUGCCAAACAAGGUAAGGAAAAGUCCACAGCAAAGCCCCACGUGA